GUGUGGACCUUCAAAAUAAUGCACGCGUUGCGGUGAAAUGUUUGAAAAAGCAAUUUAUGUGUUCGAUAGGCCGAUUUCAGAUUGCUGAUAAAAAACAAAAAAAGAGAAAUUCGGAAAUAAUACAUGAAGUACCACUUUUAGAUUUAGUAGAAACCAAACAAAAAGUAUAUUAUAUAAUGCCUCUUGCAAGUAAAGACCUAAGUGAUUUGAUUUAUCGUCGUAGGAUGACCGAACAUAGUAUUCGCGAACUGAUGAAGCCUAUAUUUGAGGCUGUUAAAGGUUUACAUGAUUCUGGAUUUGUUCAUCGGGAUAUUAAACCCGAAAAUAUAAUGUUAUAUCCAGAUGGAUCUGCAAAACUCGGUGAUUUUGGUUUAUCUACCGAAUUUGGCUAUCAUUCUGGAUUACAGGUCGUUGGAACACCUGCUUUUGCUGCUCCGGAAGUUCUUGGUCAAUUUCAUAGAACUGAUAAAUUGGCCUGGUUAAAUUAUAAACGCGCUGAUUUAUGGUCAUUAGGUGCGACACUAUACGUUUGUCUUGCAGGUCGAUAUCCUUUUGAAGAAAAUCAGCCAAUAUCUGAACAAGCUGUAUCCAAUAUAGAAUUUCCGGAAC